AUGCGCCACGCCUCCAACAACUCCUCCGCCGCCUUCAUCUCCGCGCCCCUGCCGCCCGUCGACAACGACGAAGCCUGUCCCGUGUGCAAAACCACCCGCUACUUCAACAAGGACAUGGAGUUCCGCAUCAACACCGAGUGCUACCACCGCAUGUGCAAGACGUGCGUCGAGCGCAUCUUCAAGGACGGCCCCAACCAGUGCCCCUAUGCGGGCUGCCACAAGACGCUGCGGCUGAGGGGCUUCAAGACUGCCUUCUUCGGCGACUUGGGCGUCGAGCGGGAGGUGGAUAUCAGGAGGAGGGUGGCGGCGGUGUUCAACAAGGCUGAGGACGACUUUGAAAGCCUGGACGCGUACAACGACUAUCUCUACAUGGUGGAAUGCCUCACAGGCGACCUCGUCAACGGAAGCGACGAGGCGAGGAAAAAAGCAGAGGUCCAGCUCGCCGAGUGGGAGGCCCAGCACAAGGCCGAAAUCGAACGCAACCGCAAACUCGCCCGCGAAUCCGACGAGUCACGGCAGAAGCGCCUCGCCGCGGAGCAAGAAGCCGCUCGCCAGCGCCGCAGACAAGAACUGCAAGAGGACGCCGAGGAGAAGGCCAACGCUGCGCGGUUCCGCGAAGAGAUGCUCAAUUCCCUGCAGAACGCAGAGCUCGGACAUGCCGCGGAAGCCGUCGACAAGGUGCUGCUCAAGAAGCGAGGACAGCAGAAGCGCGACGCCACGCUGGAUGCUGUUGCCGCGCUGGGAGGCAGCGGCCUGUCGAUUCGCGGCCUGAGAGACAAGCGAGCCCCUGUGGCGGACGACAAGCCGUACGAUCCGUUUGGCGGCCUGGAUCUGGCGCCGCAGAGAGUUGAUUUGGCCAGCGAGAAUUUGCCGCAGUACAAGAGCGAGUGGCUCGACAUUACGCGCGUAAAGGAAGAUUACAUUGUGGGCGGAUACAGUUCGGACGAGUACCUCACGAGAGCCCUGUUUGAAGCCUUUUCUGGCUUGGGAGUCUUCAUUGAGGAUGAUAAAGAUACCCGAGAAGAUGCGACGGUGGCGGCUUCUUUGGAGGCUGCUGCGGCGGUGUCGGUUGGUGGGAAGAUGGACGUGGAUGAUAUAUUCUGA